AUGUCAACCGUAAGACUUGGAAGGAAUUUCCUUAGAACCAAGACUAGUAGUUCUACCUCAGCAUUGGCUUAUAAGACAUUACAUCGUAAUCAAAAAAGACCACCUUUGCCAACUUUAGAAACUCCAAACUGGUCAGCCGAUGCAGCAGUUUCUUCAAUUUUAUAUGAAACUCCUGUACCUUCAAGAGCUCCAAAGAAACAACAUGUUUUAAAUUGUUUAGUUCAAAAUGAACCAGGGGUUUUAUCAUCAGUUUCCGGUACUUUAGCUGCCAGAGGUUUUAAUAUUGAUUCUUUAGUUGUUUGUAAUACUGAAGUUAAAGAUUUAUCAAGAAUGACUAUUGUCUUAGCUGGUCAAGAUGCUGUUAUUGAACAAGCCAGAAGACAAAUCGAAGAUUUAGUCCCUGUAUAUGCUGUAUUAGAUUACAGUAAUGCUGAAAUCAUCAAAAGAGAAUUAUUAUUAGCAAGAGUUUCAAUCUUAGGACCUGAAUAUUUCCAAGAAUUAAUUGCCAGUCAUAAAGUUUUCACUAGUGAUGGAUCAUCUAUACCAGAUUUAGAAGCUCCAGAAUCAGCUUAUCAUCCAAACAAUUUACCACCAAGUGAAGCCUUAAGACAAAAACAUAAUCAUUUAGAUCAUAUUUCAACCAUAACCGAAAAAUUCGGUGGUAAAGUUGUUGAUAUCUCUGAUAGAAAUGUUAUUGUGGAAUUAAGUGCUAAACCUUCAAGAAUUUCUUCAUUUAUUCAAUUAUUACAUCCAUUUGGUAUUUUAGAAUUAGCAAGAUCUGGUAUGAUGGCUUUACCAAGAACUCCAUUAGAUCAUGCUGUUGAAGAUGAAGAACCAGUUGAUGCUACUGAUAUUGUUGAUGCUUCUCAAUUACCUCCAGGUUAA